UCUCCGAGAUAAAGUUUCUGCCCAUGGUUUCUGCCUGUUUUUAACAUUGAUUUGCCGUCGUCUCUUCGAAAUAUAAAUAGUGAUUUCUGGAUUUCUCAGGCAGUCAGGCUUCUAACAAUCUUGACUUCAAACUAUUAACCGAUGGCGUCCUUGACAAGUAUUUUGCCGGCACCUUCGCAAGUUUCUUAUGAAUAUAUUGAACCACAGCGGCAAACCUCAAAAGCAGUUGUUUCUUCAAAAUUUGAGCCACCUCCUUAUGGACACAGGAAAGGCUUCGUUCCGCGAAAUGAACAAGAUUUUGGUGAUGGUGGUGCAUUCCCUGAAAUUCACUUAGCUCAAUAUCCUUUGGGUCUUGGACUGAACAAAUCAAAAAAAUCAAAUGCGCUUGCGGUGAAACUUGAUGCAGAAGGAAAAGUACGUUAUGAUGUCAUAGCUAAACAAGGGCAUAGUAAAGAUAGGGUUGUUCACAGUAAAUUUUCCGACUUAAUUCCAAAAGAAAUAUUGGAUGAAGAUGACCCAGAGUUGCAAAGACCAGAUGAAGAGGCUGUGGAAGAGACAACAGAAGCAACCCGCAGGGCUUUGGAAAAACUGACAAAUGAAAAAAUCUCAGCCGCAAUGCCUGUAAAGCGUGCAGAAGCAAGAGCACCAGCACAAUAUAUAAGGUAUACUCCAUCACAACAAGGAAUGUCGUACAACUCUGGAGCGAAACAGAGAGUAAUACGGAUGGUGGAAGUACAAUCAGAUCCUAUGGAUCCACCUAAAUUCAAAACGAAUAAAAAGAUUCCGAGAGGUCCUCCAAGUCCUCCUGCUCCAGUGAUGCAUUCGCCAAAUAGGAAAGUUUCUGUUAAAGAGCAGCAAGAUUGGAAAAUUCCUCCGUGCAUUUCCAACUGGAAAAAUGCCAAGGGUUAUACAAUUCCUCUUGACAAACGUCUUGCAGCAGAUGGCAGAGGAUUACAGAGUGUUCACAUCAAUGAAAACUUUGCUAAACUUGCGGAGGCUCUUUAUAUUGCGGACAGAAAAGCACGAGAAGCAGUGGAAAUGCGAGCACAAGUAGAAAGAAAGAUUGCUUCUAAAGAGAAAGAAUCGAAAGAGAAACAACUCCGAAAACUUGCUGAAGAUGCAAGGAUGAAAAGAGUUGGAAUCCGGCCUGAGGGAAAAGAUAAGGAUUUGCAAGAAAGAGAAGAUCUUCGUAAAGAACGUCAUCGAGAUAGGCAAAGGGAGAGAAACAUUGCUCGUGCUGCUCCUGACAAAAGAAAUCGCCUGAGAGAAGAGAGAGAUAUAAGUGAAGAAGUUGCAUUAGGAUUACCAAACGCUCGACGAUCACAAGAUUCCAUGUUUGAUCAACGACUGUUCAAUAAAACAAGGGGUAUGGACAGUGGUUUUGCAGGAGGUGAAGAUGACAUGUAUAAUGUGUAUGAUCAAGCUUGGAGAAGUGAAAAAAAUAUCGGUAAUAGCAUUUAUCGACCUCGCGCUGAUAAAGACAAAGACUUAUAUGGAGAUGAUGAUGUCGAUAAAAUGAUCAAAUCGAAUAAAUUUGUUGCUGAUCGUGGAUUUGAAGGAGCUGAUCAUUCUCGUGAAAGAGAAGGACCUGUACAAUUUGAACGAGAUGAAGACGAUCCUUUUGGUUUGAAUAAAUUCUUGGAACAAGCUAAACAGGCAAGUAAGCGACCGGCGGAGUCUGGGAGCAGUCGUUCUAGAGAUGAAAGAAAAAGAAGCCGCAAGUGAAUGAUCACUGCUCAACGACAUUCGAAUGUUUAUUAGCUCGCUAUACUUGUUCUAGUGGCAGUCAAAGAUAAACCAUUGCCGAAAAACUAACAAUAUUUGUAUGUGAGGAGUUGGAUAUUGUAAAUGUUUUUCGUUUGUUUUUAUUGCUGUUAUCUUAUCAUGGGCCGAAUUUUAUAUAUAAAGUUUGAAUAAAAAGCUCAUUUGACUGUCUCAUUCCAACUACUGUUUUAAUUUAAUUUAGAUUUGUAUUAAAUUAAAACAUUGCUGAUAAAAAUCAAUGGUCAUUUUUCAUCUUUCAAUCAGAAAUGAUAGUGAUGAUGAAUAUUUUCUUGCUUUUAUGAGAAUAAAUAUUUCACUGGUGAAUAUUGA